AUGAAUCCCAGUACCAUAAAACAAAACAUCCAUUUAAAUAAAAAAAUUCCCAAAGUGUCCAACACCUCGUCAGAAUUCAAACUCGACACCGCGAAAACCAUCCUCUCAGCCGCCGGCUCCGCCGCGGCCACCGCCGUCCUGAUCCGAAGCGUCGCCCGCGACCUCCUCCCGCCGGAGUUCCAAGUGCACAUAUUUUCCGGCAUCCGCCGCCUCCUCUCCUCCUUCUCCAACCAGCUCACCAUGGUGAUCGACGAGUUCGACCGCCUGGACCCAAACGACAUCUACCAGUCCGCCCAGUCCUACCUCGGCCCGAAAAUCAGCCCCAACACCCGCCGCCUCAAGAUCAGCCGCCCCGAAAAGGAGAACCACUACAAAAUCACCAUGGAGAAGGACGGGGAAAUCGUCGACACGUACGCCGGCGUGAAAUUCAAGUGGGCGUGGAUUUGCAGGAAGACCGAGUCACUCUACAACCCACGCGGCAUGAAUUCCACCCUCAAAUUGGAGGUCCGCUCGUUCGAACUCACUUUCCACAGGCGGCACAAGGAUUUGGUCGUGAACUCAUAUUUGCCCCACAUCGCCGCCGAGGCCAAGAGGGAAAAGUACGAGAAACGGACGCUCAAGAUCCACACAAUCGACGGAGAGACGCUGAGUUACGCUGACGUCAACGACGUGUGGACGCCGGCGACUUUCGACCAUCCGGCAACAUUCGACACGCUGGCCAUCGAUCCGGAGCAGAAGGGGAUGAUUUUGCAGGAUCUGGAGAGGUUUCUAGGGCGGAGGGAGUUUUACCGGAACGUGGGCAAGGCGUGGAAAAGGGGGUAUUUGCUGUACGGGCCGCCGGGGACUGGGAAAUCGAGCCUGAUUGCUGCCAUAGCCAACUAUCUCAAGUUCGAUGUGUACGACUUGGAGCUGACGGAGGUGCACAAGAACUCAGAUCUGAGGAAGCUGAUGGUGGGGACGGCCAAUCGGUCGGUGCUGGUGGUGGAGGACAUCGACUGCACAAUCGAUUUGCAGAAGAAAUUGGCUAAAAGGGACGCGUCUAAGGAGCAUAAACACAACUCGAAAGACGAAAGCAAGGUGACACUAUCGAGUGUGCUCAACUAUGUCGACGGCUUGUGGUCGAGCUGUGGGGAUGAGCGGAUCAUAAUAUUCACGACCAAUCAUGUUGAGAGGCUCGACCCGGCCCUACUCCGACCUGGCCGGAUGGACGUGCACAUAAACCUCUCGUAUUGCACUCCGAGUGGAUUUCGGCUCCUGGCCUCCAAUUAUCUCGGGGUCAAAGAACACGUUAUGUUUGACGAAAUCGAGGAUUUGAUUCGAAAUGCGAAGACAACGCCAGCUGAGGUGGCCGAGGAGCUCCUCAAGGAUGACAAUGCCGAUGUUGCACUAAAAGGACUGAUUGAUUUCAUGCACAAGAAGAUCAAGAAAAAUGAGGAGAAAAAUGAGGAGGAUGAGAAGGUGAAAACAGAGUCAGGUGGCAAGAAAGAAAGUGAUGAGGAAAAUGGUGAAGUGGAGGAGACUCUGGAAAAGCUCUGA